AUGGCAAUACCAACAACAGGAUUGCAAAAUCUCGCACUAUGUUCAGUCUUCACAUUAUACUUUGGUAAAGUUAUUAAAAUAUCAGAUUUGAUGUGUAAAGCAAAUGCAAGAUUUAUCUAUGCUAACAUGUAUGGUGCAAGUUCAUUGAAACUUGUAUCAAAUUGUAUCUUGUGCAUGCAAUUGAAAGUGUAG